UAUGAAUAAGUUAUUGCUAUUAAUUUCAUUGAUAUUCUGGCAAUUUCAAAAUGUCCAAAGUGCCGCUAUUCCAAAUUUGAAUUUAAACGAACUUGAAAAACGUGAAACUGAGGGUACGGUCACGGAGGUUUUAAUCCUUACCACAACCCUAACAUCUGAUACCCAAGAAACUGAAAGUACGGUCACUGAAGUUUUAAUCCUUACCACAACCCUUACAUCUGAUACCCGUGAAGCAGAAGUCGUUAACUCAACCGCAACACCUUCCUCGUCAGAACAAUUUACCAGAGAAACUUCCUAUCCAGAACAAGUUUCCACAUCAACUUCCUCUCCAGAACAAGUUACCACAUCAAUUUUCUCUCCAGAACAAGUUUCCACAUCAACUUCCUCUCCAGAGCAAGUUACCACAUUAAUUUUCUCUCCAGAACAAGUUUCCACAUCAACUUCCUCUCCAGAACAAGUUACCACAUCACUUUUCUCUCCAGAACAAGUUUCCACAUCAACUUCCUCUCCAGAACAAGUUACCACAUCACUUUUCUCUCCAGAACAAGUUUCCACAUCAACUUCCUCUCCAGAACAAGUUACCACAUCAAUUUCCUCUCCAGAACAAGUUACCACAUCAACUUCGUCUCCAGAACCAACCAUUUCCACACCCACAACAAUAGCCUACGAAGAACCAAUCGCAACGGCAAUCAACGUAGUCAGAGGGGUUGAAACCUUCCAAGAAACAGAGAUUAUCCUUAGCGACACCGGAAUCCUUUCACUCGUUGACGUUGUGAAUGUAGUCAUCGAAUCUGCUUCGAUUGAGAGUGGGACUUCAUUGUUUUAUACCCAAUCAUUCCUGGCCGAUGAUGAAGCUAUUAGUGUUCAAUUAUCCGAUGUUGUGAAUGAAGGGUUGAUUUGGUUGGAUAUUAGAACUUCUCCACAAUUGGAUGGUAUUUUGUUUAAGAGAAGAGACCAAAACUUGAAGAAGAGGGAUGAUGAGAAUGUUGUUAUGUUGACUAAUCUUGAGAAUAAU